AUGCUCAGAUCAAAUCCUGCAAGAGGUGCGGUGCGCGCUCUCAAACAAACAUCAAGAUGCAACACCCGGUGUCUGUCACAAUUGCCUCCUGCCGGAGGCAUUGGUAUGGCCAAGAAAGCUCCAGCAUCAAUCAGAACCCAGGCUACAGCAGCUACUGCCACAGCAACUGCACCCUCGCCACAAAAGAGAGAAGUCCCAAGUCCAGCUUUUAAUGCAUCAGUAUCGAAACGACAGAAUCCCUUACAACAUGCACGAACCCAGGAAAUGGAUGAGUCGUUCAUUGGGAAGACUGGAGGCGAAAUAUUUCACGAAAUGAUGCGGAGACAGAAUGUCGAUACCAUAUUCGGUUAUGCUGGAGGGGCUAUUCUCCCAGUAUUCGACGCCAUCUACAACUCAAAACACUUUAAAUUCAUUCUCCCUAAACACGAGCAAGGUGCAGGACAUAUGGCAGAGGGCUAUGCGAGAGCGUCAGGAAAACCGGGCGUUGUGCUCGUGACUUCUGGACCGGGCGCUACGAACGUUAUUACACCUAUGCAGGACGCUAUGUCGGAUGGAACACCAAUGGUUGUUUUCACGGGCCAAGUUGUAACCACCGCGAUCGGCAGCGAUGCUUUCCAGGAAGCAGACGUUAUUGGCAUUUCAAGAGCGUGCACAAAGUGGAAUGUGAUGGUUAGGAACGUGGCAGAGCUCCCUAAGCGUAUUAACGAGGCUUUUGAGAUUGCCACAAGCGGCAGACCUGGCCCAGUGUUGGUAGAUCUUCCCAAAGAUGUCACAGCUGCAAUUUUGCGCAAAGCCAUUCCGAUGAGCAGCACAAUUCCGAUUCUACCUAGCCAGGCGUCAAAGGCUGCUAUUGAACACGGCCGGAGACAACUCACAGCAACUCUCGAGCGUGUUGCAAAGUUGAUCAACGUUGCUAAGAAGCCAGUCAUUUACGCCGGUCAGGGUGUAAUUGCCCUACCCGAAGGACCACAGCUUCUGAAGGAAUUGUCAGACAAGGCAUCUAUUCCUGUCACAACCACCCUCCAGGGCCUGGGUGGAUUUGAUGAACUGGAUCCAAAAGCCCUACACAUGCUUGGAAUGCAUGGUUCCGCCUAUGCAAAUCUCUCGAUGCAAGAAGCGGAUCUCAUCAUUGCUUUAGGCGCUCGAUUCGAUGAUCGAGUUACUGGCGCAGUGUCCAAAUUCGCGCCACAGGCCAAGGCUGCGGCUGCCGAAGGUCGAGGUGGCAUCGUACAUUUCGAGAUCAUGCCAAAGAACAUCAACAAAGUCGUGCAGGCUACUGAAGCUGUAGAGGGCGACGUUGCUGCCAACUUGGCCAUACUUUUACCCCGUGUGGAAAAGCGGAGCAUGGCCGACAGGAAAGAGUGGUUCGAUCAAAUUAACUUCUGGAAAGAGAAGUUCCCACUUUCAGCGUACGAGAAGGCAGAGCGUACUGGCCUGAUCAAACCGCAAACUUUAAUUGAGGAACUUUCCAACCUUACUGCCCACAUGAAGGACGAUACCAUCAUUACCACCGGUGUAGGCCAACAUCAGAUGUGGACAGCACAACACUUCAGAUGGAGGGCCCCAAGGACGAUGAUCACAUCUGGUGGUCUUGGUACUAUGGGCUUUGGGCUUCCCGCCGCUAUAGGUGCCAAGGUUGCGAAGCCUGACGCCCUAGUCAUUGAUAUCGACGGUGAUGCAUCCUUCAACAUGACUUUGACAGAAAUGUCAACGGCAAAGCAGUUCAACAUUGGUGUAAAAAUCAUCGUUCUAAACAAUGAAGAACAAGGGAUGGUCACCCAGUGGCAAAAUAUCUUCUACGAAGAUAGAUAUGCUCACACACAUUCUGAGAAUCCGGACUUUAUGAAACUAGCAGAUGCCAUGGGCAUACAAGCAAGAAGAUGUAUCAAACCAGACGAUGUUAGAGACUCCUUAAAAUGGUUGAUUGAGAGUGAUGGUCCUGCCUUUUUAGAAGUGGUUACCGACAAGAAGGUCCCAGUCCUACCCAUGGUUCCGGGAGGCAGUGCCUUACAUGAGUUCUUGGUAUGGGACGAAGAGAAGGAUAAAGCACGCCGAAAGACGAUGAUCGAGAGAACGGAAGGCAAGCAUGGAAACUGA